GCACCACUACCGAAGGCAACCACUGCGAUAGAAGGCUCAAAUUCCGCAGACCACCGAACUCGGCAGAACACGCACCACAGAACCACCACCGCCGUUGCCAAGAAACGACACGAGACGACACGAGACGAGACGACACGGCAGGAUGAGCAGCAGCAAGAACAACGAAACGGCAACCUCCCUCCUCCACCUCUGCGGCCGCAAGCACAAGGCCAAGAUGGGCGCGGUCCUCAACGAGUCCGUCGCCACCGGCCCGAGCGACUUUGCSCGGAAGCAGCUCGAGAAGCUCGGGUGGACCGAGGGGACGGGCCUGGGAAAGAACCGGACGGGCAGGGCCGAGCACAUUCGGGUCACCAAGCGGGGGGACCAGGAGGCCCUGGGAGCCAAGUCGUCGGSUGCGGCGGCCAUCGAUCCAACCGUCACGGGGGACCAGUGGUGGARGUCCUCGGUCGGGGACACGCUGGCGAGGCUGGCGGAGGCGGGCAAGAAGAAGCGCAAGAAGAAGAGCAAAAAGGACAAGAAGGACAAGAAGAGCGACGAACCAAAGAAACGGAAGCGGACCUUCACCGACGAGGAGCUCUUUGCGGCCACGGGCGGGGCCCGCUUCGGGAUGAGGGCCCAGACGAGGCAGGCGGCCAAGUGGAACCGGGCCGAGGCGGGAAUCACGGAGGGCGAGGAGGCCGAGGCCAGAAAAAAGACGGAGUGGGACGGAAUGGCGGCCCCGAAGAUCCUCCUGUCGUCCAGGGACCACGAAGGGCAGGAWUCGCCAGAGACGAGCCCGAGGGAGGACAGCGACGACCCGGACGGUUCUCCCAAGCGGAAAAAGCGAAAAACAAAAACCACCGGCGUCAACGACGAGCGCAAGAAGGGUGAAAAGCCAAGGAGCAAGAAAAAGAGCAAGAGCAAGAAAAGCGAUGGCGACGACAAUGACGACAGCAGGAACAAAAGCACGGGGAUUGCCAGCUCCAAGAAAUCCAAAAAGGACAAGAAGAAAAAGAAGACGAAAAAGAAGAGCAGCAGCGAGUAGGGGGGGGCGCUUUCCUAGAUUCCGGCUCGGUUUAUUUAUGGUCUGCUAUGCUCUUCUCUCUUCGAAUUGAUUUCACAUUGU